GACUGCAGACAUAGUACAGGAGAUGACCAGAGACUGCGGACACAGUACAGGAGAUGACCAGAGACUGCGGACACAGUACAGGAGAUGACCAGAGACUGCGGACACAGUACAGGAGAUGACCCAGAGACUGCGGACACAGUACAGGAGAUGACCAGAGACUGCGGACACAGUACAGGAGAUGACCAGAGACUGCGGACACAGUACAGGAGAUGACCAGAGACUGCGGACACAGUACAGGAGAUGACCAGAGACUGCGGACAGGAGAUGACCAGAGACUGCGGACACAGUACAGG